CGGUAGGGCUUCCAGAAAGCAAAGAGCAACCACAAAAAAAGAAAGGCUUGCAACUAUACCAUGCGACAUCAAAAUAGCGGCCUCGGCUCUGCAAACGAUCUCGAUAAAGUGUUUGGGAGCGAAGGCGAAGUCGUCUCGAAAGAUCCGCGAGUCCCAGACAAUCCGCUUCGCUGCCGUGGCUCUUGGGUUGGAACUGGAUUGCUCCGGUGGGACCAAGAACCGGUGUUUCUACGGGCAACGCACCCUCACUUCUUCAGGAACUCCAUCCACUGGUCCUUCGUCCACCCCGAGGACACCUGCCCGGCCUCGAUCCCGUUCACAAAGACGGUGGGGGUGACGUGGACGCCGCGGGCCCGGUGGUGCCUGCAGGCCCAUUUCAGUUCCUGCGUCAGGCCGUUUCCGGAAUUCCCGGAGAGGCUUCCGUCGGCGGGAAUCAGCAUCGCCCGGACGGCUUUCUUGUCGUCCUCCGACCCGAGCGGGGUGACCAGCGACAGGAGGUCCUCGUAGAUCUCGGUCCGCGUUUUGUUCCAGGUGUCGGCGUCGCUGAACUUCUUGUCGUCGCUUCCAAAGGCAGCGUAGACCCCGCUCACAAAUUCCAGGUAUUUGGUGGUGCCGAGGACGGCCCUCACGGCCAGCGCCGCCUCGUGGACCAUGGUCGACUGGGGAUGCCAGGGCUGGACGACGUGGUGGAUCCGGAAGGCCGCGUGGCUCUCCUUGUUUUGAAUUAGCUGCGGAACGACCUGGUCGUACAGCAUCGAGAACAUUUUCGCCGAGAACGGGCAGAUGAGGUCCAGGUAGCAUUCCA